ACUUCAACACACAACUAAAAAAACCAUAAAUUUUGCAUACAAAUUGAAUCAAAAUUUCCACCUCAAAGGAACAUAAUCCUCCUUUUUUGUGCAAUCAACAUGUGUUUGAAGAAUUCCAAUCCACAAGAAAUGAAAGGAAAAUCCACUUGCGAUCUCUAUUCUCUUCAACAAAAAAAUGGUGAAAAAGCAUUGAAAGAGAGGGAGGCGUCACAUAUCAAAAUGUAGGCACACACACACACCUACAUAUAUAUAUAUAUAUAUAUACACCAAAGAAAAUGGAGGGCAUUCAAAUACCCUAUAUCACAUGGAGUCUGGUUAAGUGUGUUUUGCAUGCAUCAACUCGCAUGGCGAGUGGCGCGGCGAGGGCCAUGGCGCAGUGCGUGCGAGCGGUGACGAAGAGCUUCACCACCACAGCGUCGCGAGGCUUCAUCGACGCGGGCCACGCGCGCGGCAUGUCGAAGGCCGCGGUGUUCGUGGACAAGGCCACCAGGCUGAUCGUGCAAGGCAUCACGGGCAAAAACGGCACAUUCCACACCGAGCAAGCCAUCGCGUAUGGCACGCAGGUGGUGGGCGGCGUGACGCCGAACAAAGGCGGAACGCAACACCUCGGCUUGCCCGUGUUCAACACCGUCGCCGAAGCCAAGCAAGGCGUCCAGGCCAACGCCACUGUCAUCUACGUGCCACCCAAAAUGGCGUGCAACGCCAUCCUGGAGGCGCUGGACGCGGAAUUGGACCUCGUCGUGUGCAUCACCGAAGGGAUCCCGCAGCAGGACAUGGCGAGGGUGAAAGCCGCAUUGCUGUCGCAGAGCAAGACGCGCCUGAUCGGCCCUAACUGCCCGGGGAUCAUCAAGCCCGGCGAGUGCAAGAUCGGCAUCAUGCCGGGGUACAUCCACAAGCCAGGCCGCAUCGGUAUCGUAUCCAGGUCGGGAACUUUGACAUACGAGGCAGUGUUUCAGACAACCAGGGUGGGGUUGGGGCAGUCGACGUGCAUCGGCAUCGGGGGCGAUCCAUUCAGCGGCACCAGCUUCGUGGAUUGCUUGCGGUGCUUUGUGAAGGAUCCACAGACAGAGGGCGUGGUGUUGAUUGGGGAGAUUGGUGGUUCAGGCGAGGAAGACGCGGCGCGCUUCAUCGUGAGCAGCGGCACGCAGAAGCCCGUGGUGGCAUUCGUGGCCGGGCUGACGGCGCCUCCGGGGCGGCGAAUGGGCCACGCGGGGGCGAUCAUCGCUGGGGGCCGAGGCACGGCUCAGGCCAAGAUGAAGGCGCUGCGCGCGGCGGGCGUGACUGUGGUGGAGUCCCCGGCUCACUUGGGCAAGACCAUCCUCAAGGUCUUCCGCGACCGUCGCCUGCUUUGAUGCCGUAAGACCCCCACCCCAAGACCCGCCCUCGUUUACUGUUGUGAUGUGAAGACGAUGAAAGGAUCAGUAAUAAGGAAAAUUCAUCAGUACAACUACAUGAAAGUAAUUAUUUUUACGUGAAUCUUUUGUUUCAUUAAUUCAAUCAUUUUUUUGAUUCUAAUCCAUCAAAAUUUAAAUCUUU